AUGGCAGAAAUUGCAGCAGCCGGCAUCCGUGGGCCCAAGAGUCCAACGACAGCCAUCAAAUACUUUUCUGCUUAUCUGUCGCUCUAUGAACGCAACGAGAUCCAAGAGUAUGGCCAAAUUUAUUUCGUGGGCCAUCAGGCACAAAAACAUCCAGCCACUCCCGAUCAACCUACGUGCAACUAUGGUUAUGAUGACGAGCGAGGCGACUACAACAUCAUUGUCAAGGAUCAUUUGGCUUAUCGGUACGAAGUAAUCGAUGUCCUGGGUCGUGGAUCGUUUGGUCAGGUUGUCAAGUGUUUUGACCACAAGACCGGUAUGACUGUCGCCAUCAAGCUGAUCAGAAACAAAAAACGAUUUCAUGCACAAGCACAAACUGAAGUCAAAAUCUUAAAGGACCUUGUCGACUGGGAUCCACAAGACCAACACCAUAAUGUCCGGAUGACUGACUACUUUGUCUUCCGUAAUCAUUUAUGCAUUGCAUGCGAAUGUCUAAGCAUCAAUCUCUAUGAAUUUAUAAAGAACAAUAACUACAGAGGUGUCACCCUCAAUCUCAUCAAAAGGUUUACAGUCCAAUUAUUGCAAUCACUAUGUCUGCUUUACGAGCACGGUGUAAUCCACUGUGACCUAAAACCAGAGAACAUUCUUCUCAAACAUCCGGCGAAAAGUACUAUAAAGGUGAUCGAUUUCGGUAGUAGCUGUUUUGAAAAUGAUCGAGUGUACACUUAUAUUCAAAGCCGAUUCUAUCGAUCACCCGAAGUCAUCCUUGGCAUGAACUAUAAUACAGCGAUCGACAUGUGGAGCUUAGGCUGUAUCCUAGCCGAACUCUACACAGGCUUACCACUCUUCCCAGGCGAAAAUGAACAAGAGCAGCUGGGUUGUAUUAUGGAAAUCCUAGGUGUACCGAAUCGAUACUUGAUUGAACAAAGCUCGCGAAGGAAGCUGUUUUUCGACUCGAGUGGCAAUCCACGCAUUAUACCCAACUCAAGAGGAAAGAAACGCCGUCCAGGUACCAAGUCUCUUUCUCAUGCGCUGCGUUGCCAUGAUGCCCAGUUUUUGGACUUUAUUGAAAAGUGUCUUGACUGGGAUCCUGAAAAACGAAUGACCCCUGAUGAGGCCUUGUGCCAUGAAUGGAUCCUUUCACGCCAUAGUAAAUCAGGUCAAUCACCUGUUUGGUAA